CGUUCGCGCCCGGCGGACGGCGGUUGAGGCCUCGAGGGCCGCGCAGGCGCAGACGGCCCGUUCUCGCGCGCUCCGUCUCCCCCCUCCCCUCGCUGUCUCUCUGAGGGGCCUAACUGCCCGCGGGCCGCUUCCGUGAGAGAAACCGCGCUAGGCCUCGCCGCCGUUGCCGCCGCCGCCGCUUCUUCUCCUCCUCCCUCAGGCCGUCCCCGCCGCCAUCAUGAGCGUCGAGGCGUACGGGCCCAGCUCCCAGACGCUGACGUUCCUGGACACCGAAGAGGCCGAGCUGCUGGGCGCCGACACGCAGGGCUCCGAGUUCGAGUUCACCGACUUCACCUUGCCCAGCCAGACCCAGACGCCGCCCGGCGGAGGCUCCGGGACCGCUGGCGUGGCCGCCUCGGGCCCACCGGGGACCCCCGGGACCCCCGGCGUCGGAACCGGACUGCCUUCCGUGGGCGCCCCGGGGGGACAGCUCGACGCCCAGGUGAAUGGGCCAGAUGGCAUCCUUCAGAAUGGGGCCGUGGAUGAUGGCGUGCCGAAGACCAGCCAGCUUCUUGCAGAGCUCAAUUUCGAGGAAGACGAGGAAGACACUUACUACACCAAGGACCUUCCUGUACAUGCCUGCAGCUAUUGCGGCAUCCAUGACCCGGCCUGUGUGGUCUACUGUAACACCAGCAAGAAGUGGUUCUGUAACGGGCGUGGGAAUACAUCCGGCAGCCACAUUGUGAACCAUCUCGUGAGAGCCAAGUGCAAGGAAGUGACUCUUCAUAAGGACGGCCCUCUUGGCGAGACCGUCCUGGAGUGUUACAACUGUGGUUGCCGAAAUGUGUUCCUGUUGGGCUUCAUCCCAGCCAAGGCUGACUCUGUGGUGGUCUUGCUGUGCAGGCAGCCAUGUGCCAGCCAGAGCAGUCUGAAAGACAUCAACUGGGACAGCUCCCAGUGGCAGCCUUUAAUCCAGGACCGCUGCUUCCUUUCCUGGCUGGUCAAGAUCCCCUCCGAGCAGGAGCAGCUGAGAGCCCGGCAGAUCACGGCUCAGCAGAUUAACAAGCUGGAAGAACUCUGGAAGGAGAAUCCAUCGGCCACCCUAGAGGACUUGGAGAAGCCCGGCGUCGACGAGGAGCCGCAGCACGUCCUGCUGAGAUACGAAGAUGCUUAUCAGUACCAGAAUAUCUUCGGGCCUUUGGUCAAGCUGGAGGCCGACUAUGACAAGAAACUGAAGGAGUCUCAGACCCAAGACAACAUCACUGUGAGAUGGGACCUUGGCCUGAACAAGAAGCGGAUUGCCUACUUUACGCUGCCCAAGACUGAUUCAGAUAUGCGUCUGAUGCAGGGAGAUGAGAUCUGUCUCAGGUACAAGGGGGAUUUGGCCCCUCUGUGGAAAGGAAUCGGCCACGUCAUUAAAGUUCCUGAUAACUGUGAAGAUUACGGCGAUGAAAUUGCCAUCGAGUUGAGGAGCAGCGUCGGGGCCCCCGUGGAGGUCACCCACAACUUCCAAGUGGACUUUGUCUGGAAGUCGACCUCUUUCGACAGAAUGCAGAGCGCCCUGAAAACAUUUGCGGUGGAUGAAACCUCUGUCUCUGGCUACAUCUACCACAAGCUUCUGGGUCACGAGGUGGAGGAUGUGAUCAUCAAAUGUCAGCUGCCCAAGCGCUUCACGGCCCAAGGGCUUCCCGACCUCAACCAUUCUCAGGUGUACGCCGUGAAGACCGUCCUGCAGCGCCCUUUGAGCCUCAUCCAGGGGCCGCCCGGGACUGGCAAGACAGUGACCUCGGCCACCAUUGUGUACCACCUGGCGAGACAAGGGAACGGGCCGGUCCUCGUUUGUGCCCCGAGUAACAUCGCGGUGGACCAGCUGACCGAGAAGAUUCACCAGACGGGCCUGAAGGUGGUGCGGCUGUGUGCGAAGAGCCGCGAGGCCAUCGACUCUCCCGUCUCCUUUCUGGCGCUCCACAACCAGAUCAGGAACAUGGACAGCAUGCCUGAGCUGCAGAAGCUGCAGCAACUGAAAGAUGAGACCGGGGAACUGUCGUCAGCAGACGAAAAGCGCUACCGGGCUCUGAAACGGACAGCUGAGCGGGAACUGCUGAUGAAUGCGGAUGUCAUCUGCUGUACCUGCGUGGGGGCCGGGGAUCCGAGGCUGGCGAAGAUGCAGUUCCGCUCCAUCUUGAUCGACGAGAGCACCCAGGCCACUGAGCCGGAGUGCAUGGUCCCGGUCGUCCUUGGAGCCAAGCAGCUGAUCCUGGUGGGGGACCACUGCCAGCUGGGCCCCGUCGUGAUGUGCAAGAAGGCGGCCAAAGCGGGCCUCUCGCAGUCUCUCUUUGAGCGGCUGGUGGUGCUGGGCAUCCGUCCCAUCCGCCUGCAAGUGCAGUACCGCAUGCAUCCCGCCCUGAGCGCUUUCCCCUCCAACAUCUUCUACGAGGGGUCUCUCCAGAACGGCGUCACUGCAGCGGACCGUGUGAAGAAAGGCUUUGACUUCCAGUGGCCCCAGCCGGAUAAGCCCAUGUUUUUCUACGUGACCCAAGGCCAAGAAGAGAUUGCAAGCUCAGGCACCUCUUACCUGAACAGAACAGAAGCAGCCAACGUGGAGAAGAUUACCACCAAGCUGCUGAAGGCUGGAGCGAAACCAGAUCAGAUUGGGAUCAUCACCCCCUAUGAGGGCCAGCGCUCCUAUCUGGUGCAGUAUAUGCAGUUCAGUGGCUCUCUGCAUACCAAGCUGUAUCAGGAAGUGGAAAUUGCCAGCGUUGAUGCUUUCCAGGGACGAGAGAAGGACUUUAUUAUCCUGUCGUGCGUCAGGGCCAACGAACACCAAGGGAUUGGCUUUCUGAAUGAUCCCCGGCGGCUGAACGUCGCUCUCACCAGAGCCAGGUAUGGGGUCAUUAUCGUCGGAAACCCAAAGGCCCUCUCCAAGCAGCCCCUCUGGAACCACCUGCUGAACUACUACAAGGAGCAGAAGGUGUUGGUGGAAGGGCCGCUGAACAACCUCCGGGAGAGCCUCAUGCAGUUCAGCAAACCCCGCAAGCUGGUCAAUACCAUCAAUCCCGGAGCCCGGUUCAUGACAACUGCCAUGUACGAUGCUCGCGAAGCCAUCAUCCCUGGAUCCGUGUAUGACCGCAGCAGCCAAGGCCGGCCUUCCAACAUGUAUUUCCAAACGCACGAUCAGAUCGGGAUGAUCAGCGCCGGGCCCAGCCACGUCGCCGCCAUGAACAUUCCCAUCCCGUUCAACCUGGUGAUGCCACCCAUGCCGCCCCCGGGAUAUUUUGGGCAGGCCAACGGACCCGCUGCCGGACGCGGCAACCUGAAAGGCAAGGCCGGCCGCGGGGGACGCCAGAAGAACCGCUUUGGCCUGCCGGGGGCCAGCCAGUCCAACCUGCCCAACAGCCAAGCCAGUCAAGACGUGGUCUCGCAGCCUUUCUCUCAGGGACCCUUGACCCAGGGCUACAUCUCCAUGAGCCAGCCCUCUCAGAUGAGCCAGCCGGGCCUCUCUCAGCCAGAACUGUCCCAGGACAGUUACCUUGGCGAUGAGUUUAAAUCUCAGAUCGAUGUGGCCCUGUCGCAGGAUUCGACGUACCAGGGGGAGCGCGCCUAUCAACACGGAGUGACCGGGCUGUCACAGUAUUAGAGCGUUGAAGGAGAAGAGCUAAGCUUGCGUGGCGCUUAGUUCAACCGCAUUUUAUUCUGGGUAAUAAAAAUAAAAUAAAAUGGAUACCUGUUUUCCACUGCUAAAACUGAAGCAACUCUGUGAGAGCAACAGGAGAGAAAGGUAGAGGAAGCGAGAGACACCAACGGAGAGGAGGAAGAGGAGAGACCGUGAGAAGCGAAAGGAAGAGAUUGUGAGAGAGAGACCGACCGUGAGAGCGAAAGGAAGAGAGAGAGAGCCCACUGCUAGCUCCCUGAGACGAGGAGAUGGUGGCGGAGAUGGGAAGAGAGCCCUAAAGGACCGACUGGCGCCUCGCUGAGGGGGGAGCCCAUCUCUCCUGGAAGAACGGAGCGGUCAGCGGCGUUCCCCGUCCCCCCCUCCCGCCGUCAAUGAACACACCAAAAGAAGAGAGCGAAAGAACGAACGAACAGGAAGGGCCUUCGAAGCAAAGCUUCACUUCAUUCUGUUCUUCUUGUUGCGAGCAGCGCAGGGAGAGGAAGGAGGAAAAAAAACCCAUCUCAGAGUUGUUCCUGGAUCUAUCUUUGUGGGUUUUUUGUUUCGCUUUUCUUUUCCUCUUUUUUUCUUUUCCUUUUCCUUUUUCUUUUUUUAAGGAAAAAGCAGCUGUUGGCAGGUUUUAGGGGCAAAGCCCAUCAUCCCCGAAGCACAUCCUCUGAGCUCCCGGGAGGGACUGGCCGCCUGGUGCCCAACUCUGAGAUGCACGUUUUUGCUGUCUGGGGGGCGGAAAGAUAACAACCCAGCUUUGAAACCUUGCGCGCACGGUAUUGGCCACGUCCCGAAGGGGCUUUCAGGCGACAAGACGGAGUGGUUCCUUCUCCCCCCCCCUUUUUUUUUUUCAAAAAAAGAAGAGUCUUUCGUGGAAGAACUGGAUAUUUUUUUAGAAGUUUUGUCUCUGAAACCUUAGUAGUGGACUGGCAGGGGCGGGUGGGGGGAAGGAAUUCCUUGUUCCAAGAAGCUUAAAGUAAAGAAAAAAAGUCUAUAUACACAUAUAUAUCUAUAUAAAAGUCUACCACUUAAAUUAGCACACCGAUCCUUUUAAAGAUCUUUUUUUGGCCUGAAGGCAUUUGUGUCAGCCUCUUCUCCCGAGGAAGGCUAGAAUUUAACAAGAAUUUAACAACGGUGGUGAGGAAGAGGGUUGGAAAAGUUUGUCGUCUUGCUCUGCUCUGCGUGGCCAGUUUUUCUUUCCCCCCCCCCUCUUCCUAAGACAUGCCAUCUGCUUCAAAAAAAGGGGGGGUUCAGACAAUCUGUGCCCCAUGACCUCGGCGCCCCUGGAGACAGGCUGCGUGGUCCCUUAGGUCCUGCCAACACUGGGGACCGCAAUAGCAGAUUAUGGGGGAGUUGGGUUGGGUUCUGGACUAAAGACUCUGUAGAAGAUCGCAGGGAGGUUGGUGGGGUCGGGGUGCCUGGGGCCAGGACUGCAGGCGCCUGCUGGAAGGUGGCCUCGGGGAGAGACGAUGGGUUUUAAGCCUGGAGCAUGUGGGGGGGUCAUGCCGAGAAGGGGGGCCACUCUGUACCGCCAAGAACUCGGAACAAGCAAAGUCACAAGAAGCUGAAAUGCUGCUGGAGACCAAGCUGGGCAGCCGUCCUGUGAGACCGCUCUUUUGCCUGCCAUUUUGGUUCUGCCUGGGAACCAGCGCCUUGCGGGGGGGGGGGAACGUGCCUCGGUUGUGCACAGAACAGAAAACCUCUGGUCCCUUCCAAUGCAAAAUGUAUUUUGUGAAAAUCUGCAUCAAAAAACUGGGAGCAAAAAAAGAGGGAAAAAACCCACUGUUUCCCCCCCCACCCCACCUCCCAGGGGAAAAAAAAACACAACGUAGGUGUUCUGAUGCCCUGAGAAGUUUUAACCUGACGCCUCGUGGUGGGUAUUUAAGGGUGUACGAAUUUAAGUCGGGUUCCCCCUCCCCAUCAAAGGGCUUGGAGUAUUCCACUCCAUGUGCAUGCCCGCCUGUGUGUGCCUGUUGAGGAACUCAAGAUAACUACAUUGAAUGUACUUAAGAAGACCCAUGCUUAAUUUUUCCUUUUUUAAAAAAGACCUGUUCCCCCUUUUCAAAGAAAAAAAGCCCAUAUCCUAAUGCACAAGGGUCUGCCAUCUGGAUUACUUCUCUUCCCAUACACCCCCGGCUUUGGGCUGCUGAUUCGGGAUGGGCGAAGCCCCUCCAGAGCGGUUCUUGUUUGACAACGAGAUCCUCCCGCGUUUCGACCUCGGCCGCGUGCGUUUAGGGGGCAACGGGGAACGCAGGCCACCUUCCCUGCCUGACAGACUGACCCAUCAUUGUUUGCGCAAGGCUGCUGCUCCUCAACUCCUGCGCGCCCCCCUACUCACCCCAGAUCCCCCACCCACCACCACCUCGGGUAAGGCUGCGUGGCUCUGUAGAUUUUUGCGCUUGAUUUUUCAGUGCUUAAACCUUUUUGGUGUGAUGCGGCGCUCCUCCGAGUAACGUAGCGCCUUCAACAAAUACCUCCCACCCCAUCCCGCACCCCCAUUACUUCACUAGUUAUAGGACCGCUCGCCUCUGCUUCGUGCUGGCUUGCUUUCCCUGCCUGUGUAGCCGUGAUCCGAUUCUUGAGCUUUGUUUUGUUUUUUUUCCCUCUAUGAAACCCACCGAAAAGCGUCAGUGCUAGCACUGUGUUGAAGAAAAAAGAAAGAAAACCCUCUUUUUUUGAAUUUUCCCCCCUUCUGAGUCUUGGUUUGUUUUUUAAAAAAUCUGUCAACAAAUGAAUAAAGAUCCUCUUGCAUUCAC